ACAUCAUAUAAUACACGCAGACCUGAUAAGCAUUCUAUUGAUUAAAGUUUAAGCAAAUGCGAAUGGUCAGUACGGAUGUUAUGCAACGAACUGUUUCUCCUAUAAUACCCGCAUAAUUUUGUUUUAGCCGGCAGAAUAAAAUUUGUUACUUCCCAAACAUGCGUUCAGUUCUCAACAUGAGUUUGCACGUUAACGUUAUUCUGCUGUACGUCGCUAUCUCUUGUUACACUGUUCCCAUAACAGCCAGGUUUUCCAAGGAUGUACAAACAGGAUUUUCAAUUUCCCAGAGUCAUGAUGCGCUCAACGAUGGCCAAGAACAUUUGAACGUCUCACCAGACACUCUCAAGUUAUUGGCAGAGAAAAUUAUGGACAUGAUAACGAAAGGAGAAGAGAUUUCGCAGGAUGACCUUCCAGAUGACUUGAGAAAUUUGGUUUCCAGUAUUGAAAGCGUAUGCAGGGAAGAUGAUAACGAGGUAAAAAGUUCUAAAGAUCCUAAAAAAUCCCAUCGUCAAGGGCGCAAUAUUCUGGAUAAGUUCCGUCAUAGUAAUCGAGGGAGGUCAUUAUUACUACAAGACGUACCAGACAACCAACAACUGCAACCAGACAAACUGAACGAGCUGAUUUUGGACAUAGCGCUGCUCUGUGACUUGGACAAGCAGCAGACGACAAACGUGACCAGGGAGAGCCGAGGUCUACUCAGUCGCCUGAGCUUCCUGACAGGAAUGCACUUUGGAAGCAUUUUUAGUGGUUCGGGCACAAUCGCCGCCACCCAAUCUCUCCACAUUCUCGGCCGCAUCAUCAACUCGGCCCUCUCCGUCUCUUAUGGACCCUCGAUCAACCGACCCGAACUGGGGGUGGGGGGUGUGGGAGGUGUUGGUGGGGUAGGGGGUUCCCUGAUCCCCACCGUGCCCAUAGCUGACGAGCUGCCCUCCCCUCCCUACAACGAUAUCGUUGACGACCACCAUCGAGUCAAGAUCAAGCAUCCCCACCACUUUCUCUGGGACCACAACAAGCGUGUGGAGAACUUCAAUACGGCCGUCAACAACACUGCCAACUUCAGGAAGGGCAGGACCGAAUAAGGUCAGCUGCUAAUGAAGAUUUGGAGUUCACCAUCUUUUCAAUAAAACAAUUAUGAAUUAGCUCAAGUUGUUUACUACAAGUUAUAUUGAUUAGUUUAUACAACUCUUGGGCCCGGUUAAAUUUUAACCGUGAUUAAUUCCACGAGAACCAAUCAGAGAAGCCGUCUUUUCAAAAACGCCUUCUCUGAUUGGUUCUCGUGGAAUUAACCACAGUUAAAAUUUAACCGGAUUUUGUGCAACCGGCACUUAACUUUUAAUCUGUUAUAUUUUUAUGAUUGGAAUAAAUAUCAUUAUAAA